AUGUGGUUAACGAAAGUUUUCUUUUCAAGCGGUUAUAUCGUUAUACCAGAAAUUCGUCCGUUAACGCCAUUAUGGAAUGAUUUAGUUAAUAAUUUAUGGGCAAAAUCAUUAAGAGCAUAUGCAAUAUUCAAAGAUCAAUGUUAUUCGAUAUAUGGAUUAGAAUUAUUAAUAUGUAUGCUGUUAACUAUAAUUUUAGUGUGGAAAUCAGAAAGAAAUCGUUUUAAAGACAUUAAUGAAUUGAUUAAAUUAAAACGAGCACAGGUUAUUAUGGAACCAAAUACAUGGGGAAUUAAAAAAACCCGAAAAAAUGCUGAAAUACAAAUGCAACAUGCAAUAACAAUAUUAAAAAAUACACAUGGUCAUUUAGAAGAAAUGGUCGCAUAUUUAAAGAAGAAAACUUCCUGCUCAGCAUGCAGUAAAAUGGCACAAGAACAUUUACAAAAAGAACGACAACGUGAAUUACGUGAGAGUACAAAUUGGUUAAAUAAAACUCGUAAACAUUAUACUUAA